CCUCGGGGGGCGCAGGCCCGGAGAAGCCCCUGGAGGGCCUUUGUGCGUCCUGCAGCUUUGCGGUUUGGAACCCGGCAUCUGCCCGGCGCCGCGGAGCCGGUGGGAAGGGAGAGAGUAAGGACGCCGAGACUAGGGAUCUUUCUCUGGUCCACGGCACCUAGGAGAGGAUUAAAUCCACCUCACAGGGUGAAAUCUAUCUCCAUGACAACAUUUACACAACAGGAAAUUGAAUUCUUGCAAAAACAUGGAAAUGAAGUCUGUAAACAGAUUUGGCUAGGAUUAUUUGAUGAUAGAUCUUCAGCAAUUCCAGACUUCAGGGAUCCACAAAAAGUGAAAGAGUUUCUACAAGAGAAAUACGAAAAGAAAAGGUGGUAUGUUCCACCAGAGCAAGCCAAAGUGGUGGCAUCGGUUCACGCAUCUAUUUCAGGGUCUUCUGCCAGCAGCACAAGCAGCACGCCCGAGGUUAAGCCCCUGAAAUCUCUGCUGGGAGAUUCUGCACCAGCACUGCACUUAAAUAAGGGCACACCUAGUCAGUCCCCAGUUGUAGGUCGCUCUCAAGGGCAGCAACAGGAAAAGAAGCAGUUUGACCUUUUGCGUGAAAUUGGCUCAGACAUCUUUGCUGCUCCACCUCCUCAGUCAACAGCUACAGCCAAUUUUGCUAAUUUUGCACAUUUUAACAGUCAUGCAGCUCAGAAUUCUGCAAAUGCAGAUUUUGCAAACUUUGAUGCAUUUGGACAGUCUAGUGGUUCGAGUAAUUUUGGAGGUUUCCCCACAGCAAGUCACUCUCCUUUUCAGCCCCAAACUACAGCAUUUAGAGUACCUUCAUCUAGCUGCAGUUCUGGUGACUUUACUUCAGCUUUUCCUCUCCAGGCUGCCCACAGUGGAAGUGCUGGAUCAGUAAAUGCUAAUUUUGCUCAUUUUGAUAACUUCCCCAAAUCCUCCAGUGCUGAUUUUGGAACCUUCAGUACAUCCCAGAGUCAUCAGACAGCAUCAACUGUUAGUAAAGUUUCAACAAACAAAGCUGGUUUACAGACAGCAGACAAAUACGCGGCACUUGCUAAUUUAGACAAUAUCUUCAGUGCUGGGCAAGGAGGUGAUCAAGGGAGUGGUUUUGGGACCACGGGUAAAGCUCCUGUUGGUUCUGUGGUUUCAGUUCCCAGUCACUCAAGUGCAUCUUCAGACAAGUACGCAGCACUAGCAGAGUUAGACAGCGUGUUCAGUUCUGCAGCCACCUCCAGUAACGCGUACACGUCCACGAGUAAUGCUAGCAGCAGUGUUUUUGGAACCGUGCCUGUGGGUGCUUCUGCUCAGACACAACCUGCUUCAAGUGGGCCUGCUCCAUUUGGGGCUACUCCGUCUACGAAUCCAUUUGUUGCUGCUACUGGUCCUUCUGCGGCAUCGUCUACAAACCCAUUUCAGACCAAUGCCAGAGGAGCAACAGCGGCUACCUUUGGCACCGCAUCCAUGAGUAUGCCAGCAGGAUUUGGCACUCCUGCUCAGUACAGUCUCCCUACCAGCUUUAGUGGCAGUUUCCAGCAGCCCACCUUCCCAGCCCAAGCAGCUUUCCCUCAGCAAACAGCUUUCUCUCAACAGCCCAAUGGUGCAGGUUUUGCAACAUUUGGACAGACAAAACCUGUGGUAACCCCUUUUGGUCAAGUUGCAGCUGCUGGAGUGUCUAGUAAUCCUUUUAUGACUGGUGCACCAACAGGACAAUUUCCAACAGGAAGCUCAUCAACCAAUCCUUUCUUAUAGCCUUAUAUAGACACUGUACUGGAACGAACUUUUAUGUGAUCAUAUUACAUCUCUCCGCCUCUUGCCCUGUUGUCUUGUUUCACUGAUCUUAGCUUUAAACACGAGAGAAGUCUUUCAAAAGCCUGCAUUGUGUAUUAAACACCAGGUAAUACGUGCAAAACAGAGGGCUCAGUAACAACUUUUCACUUGUGAAUUGGCAGGAAAAGGUAGCGGCAUCAUGUAUGUUAAAAAUUGGCAAAUAUUAAGUUAUUGCAGAUCCCACAUUCAUUAUGCUGCAGUACUGUACAUAUUUUUCUUAGAAAUUAGCUAUUUGUGCAUAUCAGUAUUUGUAACUUUAACACAUUGUUAUGUGAGAAAUGUUACUGAGGAAAUAGAUCAGCCACUUUUAAGGUGCUGUCAUAUAUCUUGGAAUGAAUGACUAAAAUCAUUUGAAGCAUCGCUUCUGGAAAGUUCAAAGUCAAAAUUGGAAGGUUUUAUUCAUUCUUGAAUUUUUCCUUCUGAAGAGCUCUUCUAUUUAUACACGGCUAAAUUCUUUAAAGAUGUGGAGGACACCUGUCUGCAGAAUAAAGCUGAUCAUGUUUGCUACAGUUUGCAGGUGAACAAAAUAAAUAUUAGAAAAUAUGCUAUUGUUUUUGUGUUCUUGCUGCAAUGCCUUUACCAAAGUGGCCUUAAAUAAUGAGUAGUGAAUUGAGAACAUCUUGAAUUCUUAAAGACUUCUAGUGACUAACUUUUUUUAAAAGGCCAUUUAGAAAAUUUAUUAAAACUACUAGGACUGCUAUAUUCAGGACUGUGACAGUAGAAAAGCAUUUAAAUGUAGCUUGUCAGAUUCACCAUGCUACUUGGGAUUUCUCUGCAACUUCUUAAUUUUGUGAAAUUUGUAAAUAUGGAGAAUUUGCAUGUAUGUGUAUUUACAAAUAUUUUUUAAAGAUCUUGAAUUCUCAGACUGCAAAAGGCCUAUUUUAACUAUUUUUUUUCUGUUCUCCAUUUUAAUUGUCGUUGAAUGUAUUGGAAGCAGACAUGCAUUGACUGUGACAUGAUGGCACCUGAGCUCCUCUCCCUGCUCCCCCAUUUUCUAGACAGACUGAUAACUAUCUAUAGAACGUUUGUUUGUUUUGGGGUAAAGCAACAGGAACCCAAUGUUACCUUAAAGUGAUGAAAUACUUUGUGUAAAAAGGUAGCAAUACUAAGUUUAGUUUAUCUUUUUGUUAAUAUUCAAAUGAACUUGUUUAAUUAUUUAUAUGUAGUAAUGCCUUGUUCAUCCCAAGAUAAUCUGGCCCUCUCAUCAAAACGAAACACAACUAAGAGAACUGAAAUCAUUAAAAAAGUGCUUUGAAAACA